AGGCCAUGGGGUAUUGUAUGAAGGCAUGAGAGAUCCUUGUUUGCAUUCUUUUUUAUAUGUUGUUGCUUCACGACUGAUCAUGUGUUUGUCCCUGUUCGAGGCAGCACACUUCUGCAGUCUGAAUGCAGCCAAAGCCAAAAAAAACCCAUGGGCUUGUGCCAGUGGCGGAAAACUAGUUGAAAAUUCUGCUUACUCCUACCCGCUAGGCGUACUCAGAAUUUUGAACUCCGACGUUCCUGAUCUCGCUGCCACGGAGGCGCUGGUAGUACUGGGCAGGAAGUAGACGUAUAGCUGCAGCAUUGCACAUACAUUUCACCAGGGCUGGUGGAACUGCUGGUUAUCAACUUACGACGUUGUGGUCCUUGUCUGGUCGUUCGGCUGUGCUGCACUUACAUACGAAGCUUGUACUUGGUUUGAUUACUGUCCAGCAACCGUCCGCUUCAACGUGUAAGUAUGUCGUCGGAACAAGCUGGCAUUUGUUAUUGAGUAGCAGCAGCCCACCUACUUCCGGUUUUUGUACUACUGCUCCUGCGGUAUCCACUACGUACUUCGCCGGCCCUUCUAAUAUCGCUCGAGGCAAGCUUCAUCUUCCCACCAGCUUGACAUGUACGACCAGUAAUCAAGAGGGGCAACGAGGAUGAAUUUGAAUGGUAUUUGGGAAAAUAGCAAUACAAAUGUUGUACUGUGUAUCGCAAGAAAAAACUGUUUCACUAUAAGCUUUUGAUACAGAGGAUGCAUGCGGUUGUCUUCUUGCUCCACGUGCAAGAUAGUGGAUUUUUUGCCGUGUUUUCCCCGAGGGAGCACUCGGAUCAGGUUUUCUUGGUCAUGUAGAUGAGAACAAACUUGCAAAUGCAAUGUGAAUGUCAAACUUGGAAAAUCGUUCGGGGGAAAGAAACAGUUUUUUCUAUGCGGUUGUUGUACUAUCGCAGCUGCACCGACUUCGAACUUCGAGCUGCUGGCCAGACUAGCAUGAUGGUGAAUGUGAGGACGCGGCACCGCAUUCACUUGGUUCUUACGUCGCUGUAGUUUAUUCUGGACGUAUCACGUCGUGGUUGGUUUUGUGCUAGUGCUUCAUCAUAUCGUCGAAAACAAGUUUGUCAUGUCACACCACCGUCAGGAGGGACCCUCCUGAAAAAAUUUUGUUGCUUUCGACGUCGAACCAAACAGCAAAUGUGAGAAGCCGAAGUUGUAUCCAGGAAAAACAGCCAUCCCCAUCGAAUUUGUCGAUGCAAAACAUGCAUAGAAUCAAAACCUUCCAGUGUUUGUCAUGCAAAAAAAGGAUGAGGAUGGGUGUUUUUUCCUGGAUAAGUUGCGUGUGAAGUUCUAGCGUCAUUUGUCUUGCUAUUGGAUCGACACUAACAUUACGUUUCGGCCAAAUACCAUUCAUCUCAGACGCAUGCAGAAGCCCCCCGCAUCUUCAUAGAGACCCAGGCAGCGACCUUACACGGGAAUGAAGCUAGCCUAGAGCGGCUCCUCCUGCGCGGUUUGCCAUCGUGGAAGGCGGCAGCGGGAACAGAUCGGCAGCGGAAUCUCGGAACGCAGCAGCAGAGGAAUCGAACGAGCCACCGGAUCCGGAAAGACGGAAUCAGUCGGAAGAAACACGACUCGAGAGCGAAAGGAAUCCUGAUCCAAGAAUCGUCGAACGCAGCAGACAGUCCUCCACUCGAAAGAAUACUCGUGGCUUAGGGGCACAGGCGGGGGAAUAGACAUCUUCACCUUCUUCACAAAUUUUGAACUCGAAAAAAAAAAUGCUCAAUCUCUGCUACAACAUUUGUAUCUGACACACGCCAAAGGGGACCACAAGAAUUGAGGAGCAGAGUUGAAGGUCUAACAGUACUUGCGAUUAUUUGUAGUCUAGCGACAUUUUUAUAUUGGAGUGACACGGGGCAUAGCUUGUGGGUGGGGUUCCAAGCCAAUAAGGUAUCGAGCCAAAAUCCGCAAAAAUGUGCGCCUUUUUUUCUGUGCGCCGGGGUUUUUUUAGUUUGCAUGCCGGCGCCUGUUCUUAUUUUUCAAAAAUGCGCCUCUUUUUCUAUGCGCCUCUUGUUCUGUGCGCCUCUUUUUCUGUGCGCCUCUUUCUCUGUGCGCCUCUUUUGCCGGCCUGCGCCUCAGUUCCUGUGCGCCGGGGCCUCCUUGUUAAAUGCCGGCGCCGCGGCGCCUUUCUUCCGAACCUGCAUGCCUUUUUGCUGUGCGCCCGCCGCCGCCAGGCUCUUGUUGCGCGCCAGUGCCCCUCUUCUGGCGCCGCUUUUGUUUCACGUGCGCCACUUUGCCUAUGUGGCAGUGCCGCUUUGCUUAUGUGGCAGGCGCUUUUCUCUGGCGCCAUUUUUUUUUCACGAGCGCUUCUUUGCCUUGCUUGGCUGUGCUGCCAGCCGCUUUGACUUACCGGCGCCUCCUUUCCUCUCUCUGCGCCUCCUUUGGUGUGCCGCGGGGGGGGGUGUUCUUUUUUCAUGCCGGCGCCGCCUUUCUUUCCCUGCGCCUCUGACUAUCCUAUGUUCCUGUGCGCCCCUUUUCUUAUGCGCCCCUUUUCCUGUGCGCCUCUUUUCCUGUGCGCUACGUCCUUUUGUUUUGCAUGCCGGCGCUCGCCUUCCUCGGCGCCUAGUUUAUUCCCGUGCGACGGCCAGCCUUCUUUUCUUGUGGCGCCACCAGUCGCUACUCUGUAAGUUGAGACUAUGA